AUGGCUUCCUCACAGAAUCAACAACUCGGUUCCGAUGUGUGCGUAGUAGGAACGGGAGCACUCGGUCUGUUAGCACUCAAAAACCUUCGUGAACAGGGGCUCGAUGUCAAAGCAUUGGAGAGACACGAACACAUAGGCGGAACAUGGCAUGCCUCGCAGAAUGUCGAGCAGACUACUGCAUCAGACUACACGACGGCGAAUACUUCUAAGCAAUGUUGUGCUAUCACAGACUUUCCUAUGCCUGAUGAAUUCCCUAUGCAUCCACCUCAAAAAGACCUAGAGCGAUACUUUGAAUCUUAUGCCAGGAAAUUUGAUCUUUUCCCACAUAUUGAAUUUUCAAUCUCAGUCGACCACAUCGAACGCGACGAGCAGCAAAAGAAAUGGAAAGUUUUCACAAAGAACGUCAAAACGGGAGUUGAAGAGGUCAGAUCUUACAGUCGUGUAGUGGUCGCUACUGGCAUGCUCAACACCAAGCACAUGCCACAUGUCAAAGGCAUCGAGCAGUUUACAGGAGACGCCCUUCAUUCGAGACAGUUCAAGGAUGUGUCCAAGUACCGGGGCAAGAAUGUCAUCGUCGUGGGAGUUGGUGCAACUGGCGUUGAUUCAACUUCUUUCCUCGUCAAAGCCGGAGCAAACAAGGUCUAUGCCAGUCAUCGAGGGACUGUUUUUGUUCUCCCCAGACGAGUCAAGGGACAAGCUUUUGAGCAUAAUAUGAGUCGUCGCGUAGCCAUGUGCAUAAGAGCGUUGGGCAAUUUCUCGCCGACGAUACUCGCUACGCUCAUGACCAAGAUGAUGGUUAGCGUCCGGGACAAAGAGUGGCCAGUGAUGAAAGAUAUCUUAAAAGAUAGACCAGUUGAUGGGGUCUUCCACCGAAUACCGCUAUUCUCGGAGGACCUAGCGAACAAUCUCAAGAGUGGCAGUGUCAAGUCGGUAAGGGGCAUCCAAGAAAUCACUGGACCAAAGACGGUUGUUCUUACCGACGGUACCGUCCUCGAAGAUAUCGAUGCCAUAAUUUUCUGUUCAGGUUAUGGCUAUGAUUUCUCCAUCAUCAAAGGCCCUGGAGACCCAACUGAUCCAGCCAUUGCUCCUGACCACAACAAGAAGAUCGAGGCGGCCGAGUAUUAUCAAGAUGAAAACAGGUUUGCUCGUCUUUAUCAUGGCUUUAUGUCGGAGCAGUUCCCUGAGUCUCUAGCAUUCAUCGGUCAUGUAAUCCUCAUGAGGCCUCCAUUUGUGCUGUACGACCUUAUCACCAUGGCCCUGGCCGGUGUGUGGUCUGGAGGUUACCCCAUCGCGAACGAACAAGAGAGACGCAAAGAUAUCGAUGCUCACUAUAAAUUUGUCGUCAGCAUACUCCAACGAGGCCCAUUUCCUCAUCCAGGGUUCCGUUUCAGGAUGGCCAAGACUUAUGAGUUUAUCAACCAAGCAGCAGGCACAGGAGUGACAGACCGUCUGGGUUGCUUUACAUGGGAAGCCUGGAAGCUGUGGUGGAAUGAUCGAAAGUUUUACAAUCUUCUCAUGGGUGGGACUGAUGUGCCUGCAGUGUACAGACUUUUUGAUACUGGUCGAGGUCGGAAGCCAUGGACUGGUGCAAGAGAAUGGAUCAUCAAGACGAAUGCCGAGAUCAAAGAGUUGGGAGAGGUCUGGAAGAAGGAGAAUGAAGACAAGAAGACAAAUUGA